GGAAGGGCCGCCGUUGGGGGGCAGCCGGGCCUGCGCUAACUCUGCCGCCCAGCAGGCAGGGCCCCCCCCGGACGGCCAUGGAGAACGGAGGCCGCCCUUCCGUGGGUCAGCUGAUCCUCCUGGGCACCAGCUCGGCCAUCACUGCCAUCCUCUACUCCGUGUACAGGCAGAAGUCGCAAGUGGCUCAUAGCCUCAAGGGAGCUAAAAAAAUUAAUCUGGAUCGGGACUUGAAGAGUAUUCUUAUGGAAGCACCCGGGAGGUGUGUUCCUUACGCCGUCAUCGAAGGUGCUGUGCGGUCCGUGAAAGAAACUCUGAGCAGCCAGUUUUUGGAGAAUUGUAAAGGAGUGAUUCAGAGACUGACGCUCCAGGAGCACAAAAUGGUGUGGAAUCGAACGACGCAUCUCUGGAACGACUGCGAGAAGAUCAUCCACCAGCGGACCAACACGGUGCCCUUCGACCUGGUACCCCACGAGGAGGGCACGGGGGUGGCCGUGCGGAUCCUGAAGCCCCUGGACUCCGUGGACCUCGGCCUGGAGAGGGUGUACGAGAAGUUCCACCCCACCGUCCAGUCCUUCACCGACGUGAUCGGCCACUACAUCAGCGGCGAGAGGCCCAAGGGCAUCCAGGAGACGGAGGAGAUGCUGAAGGUCGGCGCCGCCGUCACGGGGAUCGGGGAGCUGGUCCUGGACAGCAGCUCCAUCCGCCUCCAGCCGCCCAAGCAGGGGCUGCACUACUACCUGAGCAGCCAGGACUUCGACACGCUGCUGCAGCGGCAGGAGUCGAGCGUCCGACUCUGGAAGGUGUUGACGGCGGUCUUCGGCUUCGCCACCUGCGCCACCCUCUUCCUCCUGCUCCGCCGGCAGUACCUGCGGCACCGGGAACGCCGGCGCCUGAAGCGGAUGCAGGAGGAGUUCCGGGAGAACGAGGCCCGGCUGCUGAACCGGGCCGGCGGGGAGGAGCGCGAGGCGCCCAAAGACGCCUGCGUCGUGUGCCUCGGCAACGUCAAGACCUGCGUCUUUCUGGAGUGCGGCCACGUCUGCUCCUGCACCGAGUGCUACCAGGCCUUGCCGCCGCCCAAGAGAUGCCCCAUUUGCCGACGGGAGAUCUCGCGGGUGGUUCCCCUGUACAACAGUUAACUGAUGGAGGUGCGGGAUGCCCCCCUCCACAGACGAGGGAUGUUCCUGGAGUCCCCCGGGGAGGCCCAGUCGCCUGGGCCGGGCUUCUAGGGGAUAAUCGACGGUUGGGGAGGGAGGAAACCGUCCCGGUCUUCUGGAUUUUCCAGCGGACAGCGGAAUCUCCGAGGAAUUGUUUUCCGUUGACACGGACCGCGUCCCCCUCUGCCUUCUGAAGCGGGAGUCCCGUUCUGCCUAGCGACCGUGUAAAUCCGUAUAUAUGUGCGAGGGUGAGCGCGGUUGCGUGUGUGUGGGCGAGAUUUUCUAACCCCUUGAACUCGGUGCCAGUUAUCUCCGCCUCUUCCGCCCUCCGGACUGCUCUCUGUUUAGUAACCACCCUACUUCCCGGGUUCUCCGUAGUUUUGGUUCAGCCCGGCUUAGGAGCGGUGGUAAAUAGCCCGGGCAAAGAGGGAAGCUGGAAGGGAGCAAGGGCCGGGUGGGAGAGGGAGCGGGGCGGGAUAGAGGUGGCGUCAGGCGCGGCUCUCCCUCUCUCCCCCUCUCCCUGGGUUCACCGCAAGAUUCGUCCCGCGGUUGCUCACGAGGCCUCGAGACCGUUUUGUCCUCUUGGUCUCCCCCAAUUAGGAGAGGUACUGCGCGGGUGUGUGUGUGUUGAGAAAUCGGGAAGUGAAUCUCCCCCCAUCCGUGCCCAGCUGUGUGUAAGGCGGAAAGGAAACCAAGUCGCCGAACGGUGAAAAUAAGGAGAAGGGCUAACGGGAAAGAACGCAGAUAAGAAGGAUACCGUUUGAGUCCGCUUUUCACCCCAGUCCCCACCGAGAUGGUCUCCCGAGGGUGGGAAUAACCUGAGAUGGGCCCAACCCCCGGGGUGGGGGGGAUAAGGGGGAGGGCACCUCAUUUCUGGGGUCCCAGGCUGAAAAUCCGGAGAUCCCCGGGAGGCACUUAUCCAAGUGCGGCCCCUCUCCGAGAAACUCCUCAGGCCUCUGAGGAAGCAGGAGGGGGGACGAGACACGAAACAGUUCAGUGCCAGCCAAGAAGCUUCUCAGACAGGCAGGAAGAUUAGCCAGCCAGUAUUGGACACCAAAGCCUUAGUUUUUGCUGCUUUUCGGUUGCAAAGCGAAGACCCCACAAGUGCAGACUUUCCGGGGGCCCAGCUAGCUUGCAUUUAGUUCGACGCCCGCGUCAUUUAUCUUUUUCCGAUCCCCCGACCGACAGCCGGUGGGGCUGGAUGGGGGGCUGCCCUCUCCCUCUCCUCCGUCCUUCAGCAAGCCAAAGUCCACUCGCCACGAGCCUUAUGUCGUGCCCGUCCACCCCGUCCCGAAUGCAUUCAGGUCGCAUUCUGCCGCCCGAGACGGGGGCCGCUGUCCGGUCAAACGUUGCCAGUCCUACGCGCGGCGGCGGCGGCCCGGCUCUAUUCGUGUGUGAAUAGGUUGGAAUAAACAAUCACGUUGAAACAA